GCGUUACGAUAUAUGCGAUACAGUGGCGUAGCCCUGGUUCGAUGGCAUUUCUCAUGUGACAGCUGUAGGCGAAUGAAAAUAAUGAUAAGCCAAGUCGGACGAGAGCUCUACAAGGUGCCGCUCCGCAUUUUAGACCAUCGCGUGUUUGUUAACGGCGAGAUCGAGGCUUUUCUCGAGAACUUCGAGGUGCGGCGCAACGACAGCGAAGUGGAGAAACUUUUCCAGGUCACCGAGACAGUGGGAUCUCUGAGGUACGAUCUCUCCCGGUGCAGUGCAACCGGCAGCGGCAGCGGAACCGAGAACCUCGCCCAACUGGACACGGAGGUCAACCAUCUGCUGGACGGGGUCAACGCACUCUUGGCGAAAGCGAAGGUGGAACGAACUGCCAGCACCCAGUUGCAGGAGGCGCGAUUGGCACGUGAACAACGCCGGGCGGAGUUUCUUACCAAUUUGGAGCACGGCUAUCGUCGCAUCGAGAACUCGUUUGAAGAAAAGGAGGAGGAAAUCACAGAGCUCUACUCGGAUUUGCAACUGAAACUGAACAUUGCCAAGUAAAAGCCAUGCUGAAGUCAACGAUCGUGGAUGCUCGGGUGCGCCUUGUGCCGUCGAAGAAGCUGCUGGAUUUUCUGGAUGCCCAAAAGGAGCACUUCCAGCAGGUGCCCGAAAAUGUGGCCAAGAUUAUGAAGCAAAAUGGCCACACACUACCUAUCCGCAUUAAGAUAAUCAAGGAUGCCGGCUUGGUCCACAAACGUCCAAAAAUCGAUUAC